CCGGAAGCGGAAGCGCGGGGCAGGCGGGGCCCGGCCCCGGGCUGGCGGCGGCGGUGGCGGCGGCGGGGCCGGGCCGGCCAGGAUGCCCCGGCGGAAGCAGCGGCACCCGCAGCCCGUGAAGGCGGACACCGGGGACGGCGGCGAGGAGGCGGCGGGGGCGGCGCUGCUGCUGCCCGGGGACCGGCGGCUGGGCCGCGGCCUCGACAAGGGACCGGCAGCAGAGACAGUGGUGGGGAAGGUGGCCAUCCCAGCAUACGCAUUGAGUGACGACGACUGCUCUUCCGGCUGCCAGCCCUUGAGCGUGGAGAGCGACCUCGAGGAGGGCGGCGAUCCCGGCCCCGCAGCACUGCCGUGCCAGCAGUGCGGGCUGCAGCUGGCCACCAACCUGGGCCAGAGUUGCCUGCGCUGCACCGGCGCCGAGGGCAGCCGUAGCCAGCGCGUCGUCUACACCUGCCAGCUCUGCCCCUUCGCCUCCCACUACUCCAGCCAUCUCAAGCGCCACAUGAAGACGCACAACGGGGAGAAGCCCUUCGCCUGCCCGCAGUGCGCCUACGCCUCCGCCCAGCUGGUCAACCUGACACGGCACCUGCGGACGCACACUGGUGAGAAGCCGUACCGCUGCGCCGGCUGCAGCUUCGCCUGCAGCAGCCUCGGCAACCUCAAGCGUCACGAGCGUGUCCACAGCCAGGACAAGCCCUUCCAGUGCGCCGCCUGUGAUUACCGCUGCAACCAGAGCCGCAACCUGAAGCGGCACAUGCUCAGCCACCGUCUGCCCGAGGGCGAGGGGCCACACCGGCGUGACAAGGACCCGGAGCCGCUGCUGCCGGAGCUGAGCUUGCACGUGGGCAGCGGCAGCGGCCCCUUCCUUCCCGGCUGCGCACGCCUGCGUGGCGAGGAGGCGUCAGCGCUGCCUGAGCUGCUCUUCCCCUUCACGUGCCGCAUGUGCGGGCUGGUGCUGGACGAUGGCUUUGCGCAGGACGAGGGCCUGGCUGAGCAGGUCUGCGGGCGCUGCAGUCUGGCCGUGCUGGGCGCCGAGCCGGGUGCCGGGCCCCGCAAGGGCAGCGGGGACAAAGGCUUUGCCUGCAGCCUCUGCCCCUUCGUGACCCACUACCCCAACCACCUGGCACGGCACAUGAAGACGCACAGCGGGGAGAAGCCGUUCGCCUGCCCGCUCUGCCCCUAUGCCUCCGCGCACCUUGACAACCUGAAGCGGCACCAGCGCGUGCACACAGGCGAGAAGCCCUACAAGUGCCAGCUCUGCGACUACGCCUGCGGCAACCUGGCCAACCUCAAGCGCCAUGGGCGCAUCCACUCGGGUGACAAGCCCUUCCAGUGCAGCCUCUGCAGCUACAGCUGCAACCAGAGCAUGAACCUGAAGCGGCACAUGCUGCGGCACACAGGCGAGAAGCCCUUCCAGUGCCGGGACUGCUCCUACACCACCGGACACUGGGACAACUACAAGCGCCACCAGAAGAUCCAUGGCCACGCGGCUGAGAGCUGGGUGAAUCCACGCAACGCCAAAGCGCUCCUGGCGCCACCGGCCGUGGGCACAGCCCUGCCCUGAGACAGCACUUAGCCCGGCUGCGGCACUUGGCCGGCCAUGGCCCCUGCCCUCCCUGGGGGAGGGAUGGGCACCAGACUCCACAGGGACGUAGAGCUGCCUUACGCAGGGCAUGCCGGGAUCUCCGUCAGCCCCAUCAUCCUGCCUGGGCAGUGCCAAGCCAUGAGUGGUGCCGCACCCCAACGGCGGUGGGGCCAUGCCCCUGGCACCCCCAGGGCCGUGCCUGCCCAUUCCUGCCUGUCAGAGCCUUCCUCUGCCGGAAGAGGGGGAAUCGGGACUGGCUGCAUGGCUGUGGCCAUGCCGGUCAAUGUAAUUUAUAUUGUGUAUAAAAGCAUUAAACGGUCGGUUUUGUUACUC